AUGGCCAGUGAUGUUGAUUCUAGGAAAUCUACUUCAGGGAGUGGUUUCGAUUUGCGGCAUGGGGGUCUAGGAAAGACCACCCUUGCUAGGAAGGUAUAUCGUGACAGAGAUGUGAGGCAUCACUUUGACUCAUUUGGAUGGGCCUCCAUCUCUCAACAAUUCCAUCUCAAAGGUAUUUUACAACGGAUUGUCUCUCAGCUCAUACCAGAGAAGAAUGAGCAACUUGGUCAAAUGAUAGAUGAACAACUAAUCAAGUUGUUGUAUGAAGUUCAACAAAAAAGGAAAUGCUUGAUUGUUCUAGAUGACAUUUGGUCGGUAGAUCAUUGGCUCAGAUUAUCACCAGCCUUCCCUAGUACAGAAACGGGUAGCAGAGUUGUCCUUACAACUUGGAACAAAGAUGUGGCCGCACUUGUGGGUCAAAAUAGUUUGGUACAUGAACUCAAUUGCAUAAAUGAAGAAGAGACUUGGAAUCUAUUGGAGAUGAAGGCUAUCCCAAGAACAUACAGGGCAGAAUUCAAAGUUGAUGCAGGAAUGGAGAAGUUGGGAAUGGAAAUGGUUGCAGGAUGCGGGGGAUGA